AUGGUACCACAUUACCUCCUUGUUUUGACCCUGGCUGUCGCAGUAAGCGCGAGAACGGCAAGCACCAAUCAAAACACAUUGGAAGAAGGCAGAAGUUCAGAUGACACCAUUUUGGGUGACCUGAAAGUAGCUUAUGAAACGUAUAAGGAUUGCAGCGGUGGAGAUAUCGGGACAUGUCUGAAGGUGAAACUGGCGAAGGCGCUGAACAGGAUAUCGAAGAAUGAGGAGGUAUCCUUGAUGAGCGGUGUGACGAUAACGAAGGAUAAGGAUGCCAAGGUCGAGGACGUUGAGGAGGCGCUUCCGAGAAGCCUGGACGAGAGCUCCUUGGACCAUCACAUCUUGGACCAGAUCGUUGGAUUCAUGCAGUCUCAUACAGUCCAGAUCAAAUUCCCGGCCGGUAAUGACCUCCAACGCGCUUUCGAAGAAGGCCGCAGCAGGAGGAAGAAGCUCGCCCCUCUCCUCGCCAUCCCCCUCCUCAUCGGGGGUAUGAUGGUGCCCCUGGCCUUCGGAGCCCUCGCCCUGCUGGCUGGCAAGGCCCUGAUUGUAUCGAAACUGGCGUUAGUGCUGGCUGGUAUCAUCGGGCUGAAGAAACUGCUGUCGCCGUCGGGAGGCGGUCAUGAGGCGCAUGAGGUUGUCGUCUCCGCUGGCCAUGGAGGAUCUGGAUGGAGCAGGUCGCUCGAGAAAUCCCACGACUUAGCAUACAACGCGUACGCCCCGGCCCAGUAGCCAACCCAACCCACCAAAAAGUUAUUUAAGCAAGCAUAAGGAACAAACGUCUAUAUAACUAAUACAUAGUACACGAUGGCUUCGAUAUCCAAAUUCGAAAAACAAGUGCGAAUCGGAGCGUUUCGAAAACGGAAUCCUACAGUUUCGAAUGUAACACUAAGGACAGCGUUUCGAAUAUGGAAUCCUACAGUUUCGAAUGUAACUCUAAAGAUUUCGGUUAGUGUUUAAAAUGUAACUUUUUGUGUGCGUAAUGUUACUGAUGGUUACGGUUACAUUCGUCUCUGCGCGAUCAUGGCAAAUUAUAGGUACAAUGAAAUGGAAUUUACAAUGGAAUGAAUAGAUAUCUUGCGGUCAACAGUACCU